CGAUGUUCCCCUCCCGGAGGAAAGCGGCUCAGUUGCCCUGGGAGGACGGCAGGUCCAGGUUGAUCCCCAGCGGCCUCCCCAGGAAAUGCUCUGUCUUCCACCUCUUCGUUGCCUGUCUCCUAUUGGGCUUCCUCUCUCUGCUCUGGCUGCAGCUUAGCUGCUCUGGGGACGUGGCCCAGGCAGCCAGGGGACAAGGGCAGGAGACCCUGGGCCCAUCCCGGGCCUGCCCACCAGAGCUGCCCCCAGAACACUGGGAAGAAGAUGAGUCGUGGGGCCCCCACCGUCUGGCAGUGCUGGUGCCGUUCCGAGAACGCUUCGAGGAGCUCCUGGUCUUUGUGCCCCACAUGCACCGCUUCCUAAGCAAGAAGAAGAUCCAACACCACAUCUAUGUGCUCAACCAGGUGGAUCAUUUCAGGUUCAACCGGGCGGCACUCAUCAAUGUGGGCUUCCUGGAGAGCGGCAACAGCACGGACUACAUCGCCAUGCAUGACGUGGACCUGCUCCCUCUCAACGAGGAGCUCGACUAUGGCUUCCCGGAGGCCGGGCCCUUCCAUGUGGCCUCCCCAGAGCUCCAUCCGCUCUACCACUACAAGACCUAUGUCGGCGGCAUCCUGCUGCUCUCCAAGCAGCACUACCAGCUGUGCAAUGGGAUGUCCAACCGCUUCUGGGGCUGGGGCCGCGAAGAUGAUGAGUUCUACCGACGCAUCAAAGGAGCUGGGCUCCAGCUUUUCCGCCCCUCGGGAAUCACAACUGGGUACAAGACUUUUCGCCACCUGCAUGACCCAGCCUGGAGGAAGAGGGACCAGAAGCGCAUCGCAGCUCAAAAACAGGAGCAGUUCAAGGUGGACCGGGAGGGAGGCCUGAGCACCGUGAAGUACCGUGUGGAUUCGCGAACAGCUCUGUCUGUGGGCGGGGCCCCUUGCACUGUUCUCAACAUCCUGUUGGACUGUGACAAGGCUGCCACUCCCUGGUGCACAUUUGGCUGAGUUGGCUGGACAGGAAGGAAGCCUGUGCCUACAGGCCACGCUGCUACUCAGGUCCAAGACAAAGCCUCAGGCCCCGGGCUCCGCUCCAGUAGAACAUGGAGUGGCCUGAAGUAAUGGACAGCAAGCCAUGUGUUUGCAGCAGCCCAGCCCCCAGAGGCAGGCUUGAGCCGGGACAAGACACACACAGGGUGCCUGGGACGCUGCUGGCAAUAAACAGUGAUGGAGAGAGGCUGGGAUGAACGUAGUUCCCAACUGGGACUCUCCGCCCUGCCCUGCCCUCCUUCGUGUGC